AGGCAACACUUGUAAUAUUGGAUUGUCAAAUAGAAAAGAAAUGAAAAUUUUUUCACCAUUUAGGACUUGAGCAAAUUAGCACAAAAGUUGAUCAAAAUCGUUUAGAAAAUUAUAUAAAAUAGUGAAAUUUCAAAAUAAAAGAUGCAAAGAUGAUUUUUUCAUAAAAAGUAGAUAAGAACUAACGUAGCCAGUGAGAUAGAAAAAAAAUUUGCAGAAACUGGCAGUGGGCAGAGUGCAAUAAAACGAUAGGUAAAAAAAUAAGGCAAAGAGCAAUAUUUGUGCAGUGGCGAGCAGCAGUCAGAAAGGCAAAACAGGUACAAGGCAAACAAGUAGUGAAAAAGGGAGACAGUGCAAGAAAACAGUGAUUGAAAAGAGACCUAGAAAAGGAGUGGAGUAUACGUAUAGAAACAUAAAGAGGAAUAUCAAUAAAGCAGUGCGGAAAUAAAUGAAAUAUCACGAAAUACGGAAAAAUCAAAAUUACGCAGACACAGUAAAUUGUAUUCCAAACAAAUUCGCACACCAUUUUAAAUAAAAAUAUCAGAGGUAGGACCUCCAUAUUGUGGUGUAGUGAACAAGAUAACUGCUCGAAAACUGAGCGAUUUACUUUUAGGCUCAUAAAUAAAAACAGUUCUUUAAGAAAAAAAAAUGUCUUCGAAUAAUCAAUCAUCCGCCACGCAGGGUGUAAACCCCAGUUCAAAUACUGCAAACGCAGCUAGUGGGGCAACAAGUGCGGUUUCAGAUCAGCGCAAUGCUCCAACAGACUCUCCAGCUGCUGCAGGCAGCAGCAGUGCUACAACGACUGCUGGUGGACCAGCGGAUAGUCCAACUCGAGUUGCAAAAACACCUGCUGUUAAUACAAAAGAACGUGUAAUUGAUAAUGUUCCAUUUCCACCCAGCCAUAAGUUGACUAUGGCCGAAGUGUUUGAUCUGCGAACUGGCAAACCUAAUCAUGACAUAUUAAAACAGCAUUUCAUUCUUGAAGGUCGCAUAGAGGAGGCACCUGCAUUACGAAUUAUUCAAGAGGGGGCUGCUUUGUUGCGACAAGAAAAAACUAUGAUAGACAUCGAGGCGCCAGUGACCGUAUGUGGUGAUAUACAUGGACAGUUUUAUGACCUCAUGAAAUUAUUUGAAGUAGGAGGGUCGCCAGCCUCCACUAAAUACCUCUUCCUUGGAGAUUAUGUGGAUCGAGGUUACUUUAGUAUUGAGUGUGUUUUGUAUUUGUGGUCAUUAAAAAUCACAUACCCGAAUACAUUAUUCUUACUGCGUGGCAAUCACGAAUGCCGACAUUUAACGGAGUACUUCACUUUCAAACAAGAGUGUAAGAUCAAAUACUCGGAACGUGUGUAUGACGCAUGCAUGGAUGCUUUCGAUUGUUUACCUCUAGCGGCUUUAAUGAAUCAACAAUUUCUGUGUGUCCAUGGUGGUUUGUCGCCUGAAAUACAUGAAUUGGAAGAUAUACGUCGUUUGGAUAGAUUUAAGGAGCCACCAGCAUUCGGGCCAAUGUGCGAUUUGUUAUGGUCUGAUCCCUUAGAAGAUUUCGGUAAUGAGAAAAAUUCCGACUUUUAUUCGCACAACUCGGUGCGUGGCUGUUCGUAUUUCUAUAGCUAUGCAGCAUGCUGUGACUUCUUACAGAAUAACAAUCUUUUAUCGAUUAUACGUGCACACGAGGCGCAGGACGCUGGAUAUCGCAUGUAUCGUAAAAGUCAAACCACUGGGUUCCCAUCGCUAAUUACCAUAUUCUCAGCACCCAAUUAUUUGGAUGUGUACAAUAACAAAGCGGCGGUGUUGAAAUAUGAAAACAAUGUAAUGAACAUUCGACAGUUCAACUGUUCUCCACAUCCUUACUGGCUUCCCAACUUCAUGGACGUAUUCACUUGGUCCUUGCCGUUCGUGGGCGAGAAAGUUACCGAGAUGCUGGUGAAUGUAUUGAAUAUUUGCUCGGACGAUGAACUCAUGACCGAGGAGAGUGAAGAGCCAUUAUCAGAUGAUGAAGCGGCGUUACGUAAGGAAGUCAUACGAAAUAAAAUACGUGCGAUCGGUAAAAUGGCGCGUGUAUUUUCCGUGUUACGUGAAGAAUCUGAAUCUGUACUGCAACUGAAGGGUCUAACACCAACUGGUGCAUUGCCUUUGGGCGCACUAUCCGGUGGCAAACAGUCGCUGAAGAAUGCGAUGCAAGGCUUCUCACCCAAUCACAAGAUCACUUCGUUUGCCGAAGCGAAGGGACUGGAUGCUGUGAAUGAGCGCAUGCCACCGCGGAGAGAUCAACCGCCAACACCCAGUGAAGAGCAUAUAAAUAGUCAGGGAGGCACAACUGCGCAUAAUGGGUAAUUAGGCUAAAGUGUGUAAGUUAUGAAUAUUUCAUAUGCAAUAGUAGAUGAUAUACAUAUAUGAGAGACAUGUAGAGGGAUGCAUACAACUUUGAAAGUAUAAUAAUGACUACGUUCAAAUGUGCAAUGCAAUUAAAUUAUGCAAAAUGUUAAAUACCAUUUAUUAAUUCAUUCAAGUUUAAAGUUAAUGAAAGAAAUUACAUAUAAAAUAAAUACAAAUAAAGCAUUAUUUAAGCCAAGCACCUAUUGCAAAUUACAACUUUUGUUGUUGUAAAAUAGUAAGAACAAAACAAAAAUAAAUAAAUUGCAAGAAAAAAUAUGCCAGUCAUUACUGUUUUUAUAAUACUAUCUUUAGUUAUGAACUACAUUUUAAUGUAUACAAACAUUUACUUUAAUAAGCGGCGUUAAAAAAAUAUAUUUAAAAAAAAUUAAGGACCCUGUUAUAUUUCUUGAGUUUUAUUUAUUUAAAAUGGCAUUCCAUUUUGGUAUUCUCUUUAUUUUUAUUUUUUCAUUCACAAGAUAACAAACCAACUGCUACAACAUAAGUAGCCAUUGAAAGCAUAUUUAUUUUAUUGAUUUGAUAUGGGAAAGCCGCUAAAUAUUUAAUAUUCCUUAUUGUUAGCGUGAAACUCCUACAUAUUUAUGCAUUUUGCAUUACGACUUUGACAUUUUUCUUUUUAAAAGCAUGUUAGCUUCAAUUCGACUGUUUUAUACUACUGGUGCCAUCAUCAAUUAAGAGAUUAUUUGCAAUGAGUUCUUCUCUUCUCUCUAUAAAUGGUAUAUUUGGCAUCAAUAUAUUUUUCCAAUGUCCCAUAGCAAAGAAAACACGUUGGAGAAUUUGUGAAAGUUUUGGAGAGUUUUUUCAAAAAUAAAUUGCACACAUGGGAAACAUUUGUUAACUUAGAUAAUGACAUAAAAAAUUAAAAAAAAAGUUAGUUACAAAUAGUAAAAAUUAUGAUGAAUAUAUAAUGAAAUUUAGCUAAAAAAAACACAGUCUUAUUGUAUUGAGCAAGUACAAGUUCUUUAAGAGUUAUAUGUUCUAACAACAUUUGAAUGCAAGAUCAAAGCAUAUUAACGAACCGUUGACAUUUUUAACGUUUGUGCAAUAUUCACCAAGCUCAUAUCGAACAUUAAGCAAGUGAAAAUGCGUUUAUAGACGAAAUUGAACAUUUUAAUAACAAUUAAAUGCUUAUUUAUAAUAUUUAUAAACCCCUUAGUAACAUAAAAAUAUAUACACACACAUAUUUUAUAAAAAAAAAAAUAACAACAAGAGGUGAACAGCAAAAGCUUAGUGUCAAAUACAUAAAUCAUGUAUUCUGUACUAUGAAACGACAAAACGGUGAAUGGCAUAAUUGAAUGACGGAAAAUUUGGCAAAGAAAACUGCUAGUUGUUGGCAUAUUUAGAGUGUUGAAACAUAACGCUGCUGAUAGCGAAAGUUGAGGAAGUCAGUUUUCGAAUAAUUUUAUGUUAUCAAAUCGAAAAUGUUCUAAAUAUUGCUUGUCAUAACUUCAAAUAUAUGUGUUUUUUAGGCUUUGACAACUUUCGCUUUCGGCAACAAAUGUGUACUAUAUAUGCAUAUACCAAGGAAAUGUAAAGUGUACGGUGUAAGAACGUAUGACACAAGUGCAUAAGGUAUUAUAUAUGUAUAAAAAUGUAUAAUAACAAUGCAAAUAUAUACAUACAUAUACUCGCAAAAGUAAAAUAAAAAAAAAAAAAUAACAAAAAACAGUCAUAUAAACAUUAAUAUUAUAGUUAAAAUGGGUAGUGCGAAAGAUCAAAGUAAACGGAUAAACAUUUAAGUGUGUUUCAUGUCAAAAGGCUAAUAACAAAACUACAUACCCAUACAUACAUACAAUUAUGUUUAAAAUAAAUUUGAUGCCAAAUCAAAUUGAUAAUAAUACAUACAAGUAGUAUAAGGACACAAGCAUGCUAAGCACUAAUUAAGCAGAGAGUAAAUAUAAAAUAACACUAUGUCAAAAAUGUUUAUAAACGUAAUGAAUACACACUGAAUUUCUCCAAAAGCAAAGCAAUUUAAAUUCCACGUUGACAGUGUUGCAAGCAGUGCAAGUAAAAGUUGGGAGUCGAGCAAGCAUUAAACAAUAAUAAUAAUUAAACACUGUGCGUAAAAAGUUAAAGUCUUUAAAAUUAAAAAAUAAACAAAAAUUAGACAUACAUACAUAUAUAUAAACAUGUGUGUCGCAACGCUGCAGCCAUAAUACUAACAUGUAUUUUAAACUUAAAAAAAAAAAUCACCAUGGGUUUAUGUGUUUUUUUUCCUUUGCAAUAUAACAAAUUACGAUUGCCUGCACUUUAAUGGCAAAUUAGUGGAAUAUUUUUCAAUUUCAAAAUCAAAUUAAUUAAAUUUAUGUGAAUGUAUAGUUAAUAUUUAAAGCAAAUAGCAUUUGAACGCAUUUAAUUUGAAAACACAAAAAGCGAAACAAAGUGAAAUUAAAUCAAAAAUAUAAAUAAAACAAUUUUAAACUACUAGGAAUGGUAUGGAAACAAAAUCAACAUAAAUUAAAUUAAUGCUUAAAAAUAUAUAUGAAAAAGAAAAUAUUGCAUUUCAUGUAUUGUAAAAUGUAUUUAAGCGUAAGUAUUCAAAUUAUUUUUUAUGUUGUUGUAUAUAAAUAAAAAAAAUGCUGUACUUUGUGCUUAAACGAAUUUUUUUUUAACUAUUGUUGUCAUUAUGUUAUGCCAUUUUAAAAGAAUUUUUAAACAUAGAGAAUUAUAAUAUUGUAAUCGAAUAAUUGUAACUUAUUUAAAUUUUUACAAUUUUAAUAAUUAAAUUAAAUUAUUUGGUCGAUAAAUAAAUGUACAUGUACUUAUUUAAUAGGAAAUAUGAAAUACAUAAACUAAAUAAAAAAAACAAUUAACUAGCAAUUAUUAAUAAUACAUGUCGAAAAAUGAAACAUAUUUUAGUAAUAAAUUGAAGAGACAUUGCAACAAAGAUGAAGCGUGAUAAACACAAAGUUGAAGAAUUGAAUUGAUUCGAAGUGAAGUGAAGUGAAGUGAAGCUGCGGUAAACACAUAAAUAUAGGUGAAUUAAAUUUAAAUUAGAAAAUGCAGAAAAAGGCUGGAGUAAAAUGGAAUGUAAUAAAAUAAAUUGAGCAAACACUUCUAAUUAGCAGUUUAUACACUUAUUAAGAGUUGAUAGCUAUGGUAUAAAUGUUAUAAAGUAAAUAACAAAUUUAUGAAAAAUAAAUUAAAAAAUGCGCUGUGUGUUAUGUCGGUGCCACUUCUAAUUAGCGAUUAUGCUCUACACACGCUCACAGUGUAUAACAGCACAGGAGUUGCAAUCUCCAAUGAUCAUAUACAACACCAUAAUCAUAAUUUUCAAAAUAUUUAUAAAAAAUUAGUAACUUCUUUGUAUGCGCAUACGGUUAUUAAAAAUUAAACAACAACAACUUUCAGCAUAAAUCGAAAAAGAAAGCAAUGCAAAUGUUUCUAAAAGUGUAUUACUUAUAUAAAGUUUUUGAAAAUACUAUAGACUACAAAUUACAGCUAUGCGGGUAUAAAAAAAAGAAAACCAAUUGUUUGUAGCGACUGCGCACAAAGCUAACAACUAGAUAGUGGUUUUGAAAAAUAUUUCCAAUGUGCAAUAUUGAGUAUUAAGCCGAAACUGGCCAAAAAUAAUAAUAAUAAUAAUAUCAAACAGAAGGAGUUGAGACACAACAGUGGACUUUGCAGUUUGUAAGCGUGAAGCCAAACAAAUUUGUAGAAAUAAUACCAGGGAAUGGAAAAAUUCGUCAACGCUCAUCAUUUGAUUGGCUAGCAGAUUUUUUCAAAUGCUGUUAUUAUUUUGUACAUUUUUGUACACGUAUACACAAUCAAAAUUUUUUAAAAUAUAGAUAUGCAACAUAUAUAAGUUUUCUUGAAGAUCUAAAUACACCGUAUGUUAUAAUAACCACUGAAACAGCAUUAUUCAACACUUAAAUAAGCUCGUACCAGCACUACGAAAUUGCAUUGGCGUACAAAUUUCACAAAUAAAAUGAAUUAUAUAAAUUGGUAUGUGAAUUGCAAUAUAAAUAUAGUUGACAUUUAUUGUUGCCAGAGAUUUGUUAAAAACUCCAAACUGCACUUUGCAACAUCAAAAAAAGAAAAAAAAAUCUAGCAUAAGCAGCAAUUAAAAUCGCAACAGUUGAAAGAACGUUAAGAUGUGAUUAGCAUAAAGCCGCAUAUUAAAUUAACCAUAUAUCAAAACAAAAUUAUACUAACAAAACAAGAUCAUUGAUUAGUAAUUUAAUGAUAAUAUUAAACAUUUUAAAAAUAUAGCAAGCACAUUUAAUUCUAAAACUAACAAAUAUCACAAUCACAAUACUAUAUAAAUACUUAUGUAUAUUAAAUAUAUGUGCGUAUAUACAAAAUUAAUACAUAUUUUCUUAAUUUUAUAACAUAAUCCACUAGCACAAUUUCCUUUGACUAUUGUUAAGAUUGUUAACGCAUGUGAGCUCAAACGAGUACACAGUGGUCCAUAUGAGUUUUUAUAAUAUUAUAUUAGUAACGGUUUUCGAGAAAUUAUUUUCGUAUCGUAAAAAAUGAAGUUGAAUUUGUUUACCAUUUAAUUGAAACUUCAAUUUAUUAUAAACUUAAAAUAAAUUACAAAACUAAUACACUAUAGAAAUAUUAAUUUUUCAAAUUUCUUCCGCUGUUCGGUGUGCAAAGAGCUUUACGGAUUGAAUCUCUAAACAAAAAAAGUUGUGUUCAUAUUUCUCAAGCUAAUAUACUGCAAAUUAAACUCUUUUCUGCUAUGUCACAACUAUACGUAAACUAACUUAAAUAACCAACUGCUUUGUGCCAUAUUUGUGUAUACGAAUUUUGAAUAACUUAUAUUUAAAGCGUUACUAUAUUAACAUUUCUCUCAACUAUCAACAAUUAAACAAAAAAUGUGCAAAAUUUAAAGUGUCAAAAAAUAAUUUGUAAUUUAAUGCUUUUUUGUUGUUUUCAUAUAAUUUGUCAACCGCUAGGAAUGAAACUUAAUAUUUAUAACUCCAAAUUUUCAUCGGUUUAUAAUUAAAUAUUUUAUGUUGCAUUUUAGUGUUACCACUUUGAUUUUAUUUUUUAAUUUAAAUUUUUCCUUUUAAAAUAAUAACUCCUAAUUUAAAAAUAGCAUUCGCCUACUAAAGCAAUUCUAAAAGUUAAUAUAAAAUAAAUAUAUUAAUACAUUAAUAUAUAUAUAUAUAUAUAUAUAUAUAUUGUAUUUAUAAGCAAAAUAAUGUUAAUUAAAUUUUAAGUGUCUAUGUUAUAAGAUAAUAAAAAUGCAAACAUACAUAUAUGAGUACACGCAUGCAUUGUAUCAUUAAACAACAACUACAACACCAACAUCACGAUUCCUUAGCUGGACAAUUUCCUUAAAAUAAAAAUUUAUAAAAAGUAUAACUUAAAGUUCACUACUAAAACCUAUUAGCACUUUUACAUCACCUACAUACUUAUAAAUAAAUAUAGUGCACUAUGUAUGGCAAAUAUGUAGUUAUAUAACUAUGCAUAAUAUGUACUGUAAGUGUUUACAUACAUACUAGUAUAAAUAA